AUGGGCAGCCAAGCGUCGUCUCCCUGCAGCAAGGCCAUGGUGCCUGAAACUGAAAGCUCUGUCUCAGAGUCUUUUGAGGCGCCUCAAAAGGUGCCUGAAGGGCCCGUCUCAGGGUCUGCUGCAGAGUGUGUACAGAAGCCUCAGCAAGCACAAGGUGUUAACUCCUCAGAACAUUCAUCGGAGCUGCAUUUGGUGCUUGGAUGCGGCUUCCACAACAGCAAGUCUCCUGUUUGGCAAGCGUUCCCUGACCCUUCAGGAGCUCGUUAUAAUCCUCCUGCCGCAACGCUUCCACUUCCAUUUGAGCUGUACGGCCAGCCGUUUUAUAGAGGUUUCCAGUGGGAGAAGAAGCCAGCCAGGGUUGGCUCAAUGGCGAACGCGACGUUGCCAUGGACGCUUGGUGGUCCAAGAGAAACCUGCCCUGCGGAAUUGCACUGUCUCAUUUGGGUCCACCGCUACUUUGGCGACUGCGUGUGUAACUUUCGCGAUGGGGUUUCGUUCACGCUGGGCAUGAUGAGCGUCGUCGCUUGGGGUGUCGCCGAGAUCCCGCAGAUCGUCACCAACUUCUUCGCUGGCAGCACGGAAGGCGUUUCGCUCGCCUUCCUCAUGACGUGGACUGUCGGGGACGUCUUUAAUCUGGCCGGAUGCUACCUGGAGCCUGCAACGCUCCCAACGCAGUACUACAUGGCUCUGAUGUACACGAUAACAACGAUAGUGCUGGUGGCGCAGACGGUGUACUACGAGGUGCUGAUGCCGCACAAAGAGGUGGUGGAGGACGAGGACGAGCAGGAGGACGGUGGCACUGCAGUGCAGGACAGUGUCAGUGUCAGCACCACGGCUGUGACUCUGCAGACUCCUCUGCUACAAGGGCAGCAGCAGCAGCAGGCGCCGUCAUCGCCAGUGGGAGUGCCCCAGGGCGUGCCCAUCCCCGUUGGCCCUCGCUCAGGGAUCCUCUCCGUGCCGCUCAGCCGCAAGUCCUCCCACCGCGACAUCCAUAUUCACUCUGCACGCUCGCUAGUGAGCUGUCACACGCCCACCAUGGGCUCAUUUGUACCGGGAUCUUACGGGCACCACCCACACGGCUCACACGGGGGGGGGCACCACCCGCACUCACUGCAUGCACGCCACGCACAGCACCACGUGGGGUCGCUGCUCAGCCAGUCGCCUGGCCAGGGCGUGCCGCACAUCUCCCUUCCCACCAACAGCCCCGUCACCCGUGCUGUGGCAUUCGGCAUGCUGCUGGUUGGCUGCCUGCGUAUCGGCACCCUCUCCCACUCCCUCUUCUCUGCCUCCAACCCCAACCACCUCGCCCCCAUCCCCGACCACUCAACACCCACCUUUUCCUCCACCUCCGCACUCUCCUCUCCCUUCCCCUCACUCUCCGCCUCCUCCUCUGCUGAUCCCGGCCUUGAAUCCCACCAUCUGCCAGCCCAAGUCUUCCCAAUGCGCCGCCGACUGUUGCAGGCAAGCACACGCGGAUUGUUCUCUCAACACCUGCUGACAGAUGGCGAUGAUGAGGAGCCGAGUGCACUGGGCGAGCUGCUGGGGUGGCUCAUGGCGGCCAUCUACAUGGGCGGGCGCAUUCCCCAGAUCUACCUUAAUAUCCAGCGUGGCACAGUGGAGGGACUCAGUCCGCUCAUGUUUCUCUUUGCCCUCGUUGGCAACGCCACCUACGUUGGCAGCAUUCUGGCGCGCAGCAUGGAGUGGCGACACAUCAAGCCCAACAUGCCAUGGCUCGUUGACGCUGCUGUCUGCGUGCUGCUCGACCUCUUUAUCCUCUGCCAAUUUGCCUACUACAGCUACAAGAAUUCAAAAGAAGAAAGCACAGACGAUGACUACGAGGAAGUCAAAUAG